AUUCCGCGAUAUUGACCAGCUUAGUGAGAUCCGGUGGCCACUCACGAUGCUCUAUGGUGGAGCAGUGCGCCAUGUUUGCACUUCCGGUGACGGCCAUUUCGUACGACGCUCGGUGUACACUUGGAUAUACCAUUUAACGAAUUCGUAGGAUUGCCUGUCCGAAGGUGAGCGAGGACCGGCUUUUGGUAAUGAUGAAGACGGAAGAUAAUCAGGCACAAAACAAUGAUGACAGGGAUAGAAGUAGAGAGCGCGACCGUAAUCGAAGGUCAGACAGACCAAACCGCAUAAACUCGGCCAGUCGCGAUCGUAGUAGAGACAGAAACGAUCGCAGCAGAAAAGCUUCUGAACGACGAAUUUAUGUUUCAAAUAUUCCUUAUGAUUUUCGUUGGCAAGAUCUUAAGGAUUUAUUUAGAACCGAAGUUGGCAAGGUAGCACAUGUGGAACUCUUUACGGAUGAGAAUGAUAAGCCUAGAGGAUGUGGGAUAGUGGAGUUCGAAGAUUCAGACUCGGUAAAGAUAGCAGUGGAAAAGAUGCACCGAUAUGACAUCAAAGGCAGGAAACUUGUUGUUAAAGAAGAUUUUGAUGUAGAACGUGACAAAUACGGCCGUUUAGCAACAGGCCGUAACAAUGAUAGAAAUCGUGAUGAUAGAUUCAGAGAUCCUCCAAGACCGCAAGGAGGCGGAAGACAAAAUAUGUCUGCACCUAGCGGUGGCGGAGGCGGUGGCGGCGGUGGCGGUGGUGGCGGCGGUGGUGGCGGUGGCGGCGGUGGCGGAGGUGGAGACAAUAAAUUUGGAAACACCUACGGUCUUAGUACACAAUUUUUAGAAUCUUUAGGCAUCAAUGGUCCUUUGGUCACAAGAGUCUUUGUCGCUAACCUGGACUACAAAGUUGACGAGAAGAAGCUACUUGAAGUUUUCAAAUUGGCUGGAAAAGUGUUGCAUGUUGAAUUGGGAAAAGACAAGGAUGGUAAAUCAAGGGGUUUUGGAGUCGUUGAAUAUGAUCAUCCGGUAGAAUCGGUACAAGCCAUUUCGAUGCUUCACAAUCAACAGUUGUACGAUAGACGUAUGACUGUUAGACUUGACAGAGCUAAUGAACCUGAUAUGCCGCCUAAAUUACCAGAAGGUUUGAAGGGUAUCGGCAUGGGACUUGGAGCCGGUGGUAACAGAUUGUUAGAUGUUGCUAGAAAUAUUCCUAAUGUGCAAGCAAACAAUCCACCAGUGGUAAAUCCAAUCUCAGCGCCUGUCUUAGCUGCGGGCGCUUUCGGCGCCGGUUUGAACAAUGUUGUACCUGCGCAAUUAGCAUCGGCAUUAUCAAACACAAAUGCAGCAGCCCUUCAAGCUAGCCUUGCCGGCGCCGGUUUAGGUGCUAAUCUCACCACAAGCUCACUGCUGAAUUCCUCAUUGACGAGUGAAUUAGCAUCGAACUUGAAUAACUUUGGAGGCGGAGUCGGUAGCUUAAGCGGUUUACAGGCUUCUUUGGCUGGUGGACAAGGGAACAAUACAUUCACGCCGCGUGGAUUAUCCAAAUUAGAUAACGAUAUAGGAUUUGGUGGUAACAAUGCUUUUGGUGGCUCUAAUUUCGGUGGCGGUGGUAGAGAUUUCGAUGGAGGAUUUAACAGAGGAGAUGGUGAUCGUGUUUCUGGUGGCGGCGGUGGGUUUUCUGGAAACCAGGGCCAAAGCGGUGGCGGUAACCGACAGAACUCCAACGGUUCAAGACAGAUGUCAGAUACUAUACUUAUAGGCAACCUACCUCCAAACACUACAUGGCAGAUGUUGCGUGAUAAGUUCCAGGACGCCGGAGAGGUAAAAUUCGCGGAAAUGAGAGGUGCCGAUAUGGGCAUGGUACGGUUUGCAUCUGAAUGGGAUGCCGAGCGUGCUGUGACUAUGAUGAAUCGAUCGCGUAUUGAUGGCAGAACAAUUGAUGUGCGUCUCUACUAAGAAUGGAAGGAUAAGCCUCGAGGGAUUCAAGGUAACGUCGAUAGAAAAGAUUAUAUUACCAUAAUUUGAUGCUUAACCAUAACUUAUUGACGCAGCGUGAGGAAGCUGGGUGUUUGUGUCGUCUGCAGGAUUCCACUCCUAAUGACAAUACUUGAAAUUCAUCCUAGUUAUCUGGCAGAACUUAGGACAGUGAGUGAGAAGUGUCUAUCUUUGGAAGAUCAGCAAGUCGUGUUUAUGAUGGCUACUCAAUGUUGUAACAGUCAUAUGACCACUGACGUACACUCUCCACACCCUCUCUCUUUCUCUUUAUCCCCUUUCAACUCUUUUCAAUUCUAUAUUGUUUAUAUAUCACCAGACUAUCGUUCCUUUUUACAAUGGAAGUCUACUAAUUGUUCACUUAUAUCAGUUUUUUUUUUCUAGCGAUCGUGACUAUAGUUGUUUUUAGGCUUAGGUUUCAUGAUGAUCUAUAAGUAAGUCAGUAGGUUUCUUUUCAGUGUGUGUAGGUUAUUCAUUAUUUACAGGUUAAUUACCGUAAUUAGCGAUUCUGUAGUCUGUAAGUCUGUACUUCUUAAUUAUCAUGACGAGAGAUCGAUCGGUUCUCCAUUUCCCGAUCUAACGUGAUUCUCUGCUCAUUCGCAGCUGAGUCCAUCAAGGGAUAGAGAUUAAUCUUUCGUUCAUGAAAAUACAUUUUUUAACGUUGUAAAAUCGUUAUUCGGUCGAAUUAGAUUUCCGGCUUGCGAAUUAUUGAAGUACACUCGUUUAAAAUCUUACUUUAUGCAGAUCGUGGAUUUUUUGUGUUGGAUAUUCUCGUCGCAUCGUUCGCACUUAUGCGUAAGAAAAAGCACAUGUGGUAUUUGACAGAGGACAGCGGUUUGUCGCCACGAUUUCUACGCGAUCACAUCGUUUAUUAUUAUUAAUUUUUUUUUAAUUUACCGUACUACGUACAUACUGUUUUGCAUCUUUAUAAGAAUAAUUUUACGACCCUUAAAUGAAGCAUACAAGAAAAAUUUGUUGUAGUCCGCCGCUUUUAGGAAGAUCCCCUCUCAGUUUACUCAAACUCGCUUCAAUACUUCGGCGAACAUACAUCGGACGAUUUAGAUUCGGCAUAAAUUCUGCGUUUUAUGGACCGUAGUAUGUUUACCAAAAA